AAAGGAAAAAGGGUGGAAAGUUUCGAUCUCACUGCUGACAGGCAGCAGGCGCAGAGAACAGUGUUAGAGGGUCAGUGUCUCACAUGGAGCAGCAGAGACCAGUCACACAUUGCUCUGAGCUCUGACCUCUGCAGUGGAUGAUCUGUGCAGAGCCCCCAAAAUUAUCUACACUGGCGUCUGAAGGUGGCUCUUUUCCUCUGCUGUUUAUGGAUGUAAUCAUGUGGCGGAUAGCUGAUCAGCUUCCCUGGAUUUCGCAGACAACCCCCUUUUGUUUCGCCUGAAGAUGGAAACACUGGAGUCGGAGCUGACCUGCCCAAUCUGUCUAGAGCUCUUCGAGGACCCGCUGCUCUUGCCCUGCGCUCACAGCCUUUGUUUCAAUUGCGCCCACCGCAUCCUGGUGUCCCACUGCACCCCCAGCGAGCCAAUUCAGUCAAUCAGCGCCUUCCAGUGUCCAACGUGUCGUUAUGCCAUCACCCUCAACCAGAGGGGUCUAGAGGGACUCAAGCGCAACGUUACAUUACAGAACAUCAUCGACCGCUACCAGAAAGCUUCUCUCAGUGGACCGAACUCUCCGAACGAGACCCGACGCGAGCGUGCCGCCCCCCACAACAAAGCCAUGACCUCUCCCAGUGCCAGGGUGCAGUGUCAGUUCUGCGAGCAGGACCCUCCGCAGGACGCCGUGAAGACUUGUGUCACUUGUGAGGUGUCGUACUGCGACGAGUGUCUUAAGGCCACCCACCCCAACAAGAAGCCCUUCACGGGCCACCGUCUAAUUGAGCCCUUGCUGGAUUCCCAUCUGCGGGGGCUUAUGUGUCUGGAGCACGAGGACGAGAAGGUCAACAUGUACUGUGUGACAGAUGAGCAGUUGAUCUGUGCAUUGUGUAAGCUAGUUGGCCGACACCGAGACCACCAAGUGGCAGCCCUUGGCGACCGAUACGACAAACUCAAGCAAGCCCUGGAUUCCAACCUCAGCAAUCUAAUCAAGAGGACCAGUGAGUUGGAAAGCCUGAUGGGCAAACUUAUCCAAACCUGCCAACACGUGGAGGUAAAUGCAUCACGACAAGAGAACAAGCUGCUUGAGGAGUGUGAGCUGCUGAUUAAUAUCAUACAGCAGCGGAGACAAAUCAUAGCCACCAAGAUAAAGGAGGGGAAGUCUGUGCGAAUGAGGAAGCUGGCCCAGCAGAUAGCCAGCUGCAAACAGUGCAUCGAAAGGUCCUCCUCCCUCAUCACUCAAGCCGACCAUACCCUAAAGGAGACGGACCACACUCGUUUCCUGCAGACGGCUAAAAGUACCUGCGAGAGAGUAUCAAUGGCAACGGCAUCCUCUCAAAUCCUGUUACCAGAAAUUAAUCUGAAUGACACGUUCGAUAGUUUUGCUUUGGACUUCACGAGGGAGAAGAAAAUGCUGGAAAGCUUGGAUUACCUCACAGCUCCAGACCCACCAGCGAUCCGCGAGGAGUUGUGCACAGCUUCAUACGACACGAUCACGGUUCACUGGACAUCAGACGAUGAGUUCGCUGUCGUGUCGUAUGAACUUCAAUACGCCAUCUUCACCAGCCAAUCGAAUGUCGUCAGUUUAUGCAACUCUGCUGAUAGCUGGAUGAUCGUACCAAACAUCAAACAGAAUCACUACACUGUGCACGGACUCCAGUGUGGCACCAAGUACAUCUUCAUAGUAAAGGCCAUAAACCAGGCCGGAAACCGCAGCAGUGAACCAGGGAAGCUCAAGACAAACAGUCAGCCGUUCAAGCUGGACGCAAAGUCCGCUCACCGGAAGUUGAGGGUUUCCCAUGACAACCUGACUGUGGAGAGGGACGAGACAGUGUCCAAGAAGAGCCACAAUCAGGACCGCUUCUCCAGCCACAGCAGCUAUGGCGUCACAGGAAACGUUUACAUCGACAGUGGCCGCCAUUACUGGGAGGCUCUGAUAGGAGGAAGCACAUGGUAA